AUGUCUGCUGGCAUAUUUUCAGACAUCCUCAGCACAAACAACAACCACCACAACUGUAGCACCAACCACCACUACAACUGCAGCACCAACAACUACAACUACAGCGCCAACCACUACAAGUGCAGCAACAACAACUGCAGCACCAACCACCACUACAACUGCAGCACCAACCGCCAACACUGUAGCACCAACCACCACAACUGCAGCACCAACAACCACUACAACUGCAGCACCAACCACCACCACAACUACAACACCAACCACAACUGUAGCACCAACCACUACAACUACAGCACCAACCACAACUGCAGCACCAACAACUACAACUGCAGCGCCAACCACUACAAGUGCAGCAACAACAACUGCAGCACCAACCACCACAACUGCAGCACCAACCGCCAACACUGCAGCACCAACCACCACAACUGCAGCACCAACAACCACUACAACUGCAGCACCAACCACAACUACAACACCAACCACAACUGUAGCACCAACCACUACAACUACAGCACCAACCACAACUGCAGCACCAACCACCACAACUUGCAGCAACAACAACUGCAGCACCAACCACCACUACAACUGCAGCACCAACCGCCAACACUGCAGCACCAGCCACCACAACUGCAGCACCAACAACCACUACAACUGCAGCACCAACCACCACCACAACUACAACACCAACCACAACUCAACAACCACCACAACUGUAGCACCAACCACCACUACAACUGCAGCACCAACAACUACAACUACAGCGCCAACCACUACAAGUGCAGCAACAACAACUGCAGCACCAACCACCACUACAACUGCAGCACCAACCGCCAACACUGUAGCACCAACCACCACAACUGCAGCACCAACAACCACUACAACUGCAGCACCAACCACCACCACAACUACAACACCAACCACAACUGUAGCACCAACCACUACAACUACAGCACCAACCACAACUGCAGCACCAACAACUACAACUGCAGCGCCAACCACUACAAGUGCAGCAACAACAACUGCAGCACCAACCACCACUACAACUGCAGCACCAACCGCCAACACUGCAGCACCAACCACCACAACUGCAGCACCAACAACCACUACAACUGCAGCACCAACCACAACUACAACACCAACCACAACUGUAGCACCAACCACUACAACUACAGCACCAACCACAACUGCAGCACCAACCACCACAACUUGCAGCAACAACAACUGCAGCACCAACCACCACUACAACUGCAGCACCAACCGCCAACACUGCAGCACCAGCCACCACAACUGCAGCACCAACAACCACUACAACUGCAGCACCAACCACCACCACAACUACAACACCAACCACAACUCACCAACCACUACAACUGCAGCACCAACCACAACUGCAGCACCAACCACCACUACAACUAUAGCACCAACCGCCAACACUGCAGCACCUACCACCACAACUGCAGCACCAACAACCACUACAACUGCACCACCAACCACCAGUACAACUACAGCACCAACCACUACAACUACAGCACCAACCACCACAACUGCAGCACCAACCACCACUACAACUGCAGCACCAACUACCACUACAACUACAGCACCAACCACCAUAACUGCACCACCAACCACCACUACAACUGCAGAACCAACAACUACAACUGCAGCACCAACCACCACCACAACUGCAGCACCAACCACCACUAUAACUGCAGCACCAGCCAUCACAACCCCUAG